AUGUCUUCAUCAAGCUCAAUCCAUGAAAAAAAUUCUGAUAAAUUUCAUCCAAACCAAGUCCAUUUUAAAACACACGAACAGAAUAAGUAUUUAACUGCACAUAGUGAAGCAACAAGUGAAACAAACGCAACAACAAAAAAUAAUGAGUCAAAAAGUACACAUCACAAAUCUGAAUAUGCAGAACAUAAUGCCGUUCGUCGCAAAUCGGAUGUCGAAAAGCAUGCCCAUCCACACAUACAUACGGAUACGCAUACGAAAGUUGCUCAUGAAGGUACCGUAGUUCUUGAUGAAAAUGAAAUUUUCACAUAA